UACAAAGUGCAAGUAUUAAAAAGUGUGAAUUUCCGAUGGGAAUACAUUUGCGGAAGUGUUGCGGCAUUGCGUCUCCAGCGACUUCCCAGUCAGGCAAAAAAAAAAAAAAAAAGCCAAAGAAGUACAGCGUCUUCCUUCGCCACGCCGCAGUCUGAGAACAACACCGAGGGCUUACCGAGGGAUGAAAUAUGGAUUGUCUUUGUCACAUCAAUGUUUUGUUUUGGAUAGGCCUACACCUCACGGCGGCGCAGGUGCCACCGCCAACCAACCUGACCCUCAACUGCCGGAAUUUUAAGAACAUCCUGACCUGGACUUACGAAAAACCUCCUCCAGGACUGAGAUUCAGGGUCGACAUUGGCUCAACGGAUGGAGGGACUUACCCUCCUAACGUGACGGUGGUCCCGCCAACUCUACAAACCGAUGUAUCAUUUCUGUCCAGUCCAAGUAACACCUACUAUCUUGAAGUAACUGCUGUGCUUGAGCAGAAGAAAUCCAUUGCCAAUGAAAUUGUUUUUAGCUAUUUCAAGGACAGUCCAGCAACACAGAAAUGUUCUUUGGACUUCCCACCAGUAAAUGUCACCACUGAAUCAGAAGGUCUAAUCCUGAUCAGUUUCACUCAUCCCUGGCUGCUUUACGAAGAAAACUUGAAGCCUAAGAAGGUGAAAAGGCAUAAAGCAGGAAAAAAUUUGCCCUUAUUUGAAUGCAAGGUGGUCAUCAUCAACCAGUUACAUGCCGGACCCCAUGACUGCAGCUGUGAGAAGAGCGUGUGUGAGACGAAGCUUCAAGUGAAUGCUACGCAGGAGACGCACUGUGUAAAGAUGACGGGAGUGCUGGAGAAGAUAAACGUCGAAGCCCCCGGAGAGUACUGCACCUUGCCAAGUACAGCAUCUACCCAAUUCCCUUUGGUUCCAGAUAGCACCAUCAUGUAUGUCGGGAUAGGCCUGGCAUCUUUCGCUGCAUUAGCGGUCAUCGUCUACAUGGUGUACCUACGAAAGACCAAAUCAUCAACUUCUCUGCCAUCUUCUACCACCUUCCCUCCUAUGUCUCCAUUUAGGCAGACGGGCCAGUGGACUAUGGGAAUAAAAAAAGAAAAAAUCCUUGUGCCACAAGUGGAGCCUUCCUCACCCACAGCUCUACUGCCAGAAAAAGAAGUGGAUGAAUCAACACCUGCUGACACUCCCAAGGAUGAAUAUGAUGUACGAAUGCGCAUCGGUGUGUCGACCGAGACAGAUGAAGGAGUGGGUGAUGAGGUAAGGCAGCAGAAGGAUGACUAUAUGCAAGGGACCAACUUGGAUGAAGGUGACUCAGAGACUGAAACCUACUUUGAAGACCACUCGAGUUAUGAAAGACGUCAAAUUGUUGUUGAGUUGGCACCAGGUGAACAGGCAGAGGGCUACCGUGGCUAAAAAAAAACACUUGAGUGCUAUGGCACAUUGAAUGUUUGGACGCAGGGGAUACAAUGAUGAUAGAUCCCACAGUCUCUGCCAUCAUCUGAAAUUAAAACUGCACGAACUACUAACUGGUCCUAGUUACAUGUUUCAAGUAGUUUAGUUUGACUUGAUGUUACCUUUUAUUGUAUUCAGGUGGCAGAUGCAGAAUGCAUUUAGUACAUGUACAUGUGCUUAUAGUUUGUUUGUUUUUUACUUCAGUGUUAUUGCCAAGUUGAUUUCCACUAUGGGGUAAUUGUUGUAUAGAAAAUGAACAAUUCAUUGCAUGAAUGCCAGACAUAUUGUUUUGACUGUUGCACUUCUCUUUCUUCUUCAAAGUAUAGGUCAAAGUGGUUUACAUUUAAGUUUAUUCUUUUGGAUAAAUUGACUUUUUUUUUUUUUUUGGUUGCAUUUUUAGUUUUUAGUUUUUUGCAUUUUUAAAAUUCAAAGACUAGACUGUCCCCACCCCUACAUGGCAAAAUAAACACACCAACUAGAAGAAGAAAGAAAAUAUUGCACUUAUGAAAUGCCCCUUUCUUUAUACUACCUAAUGGUUGUCCACCAAUUGGAAGAUUGGUGUUCCGAUUCCCGGCUCCUUCAGUCCACAUGUAGAUGUGUCCUUGGGCAAGAUACUGUACUUAAUGCCAAAUUGCUCCUGUUGCUGUGUCAGCGGUGUAUAAAUGAUUAGUUUCCUCCUGAUGAGCAGGUUACCCUAGAGCAGAUUACCCUAGCCCUGCCAUCAGUGUAUGAAUGUGUGUGAACGCUUUGAGUGGUCAUAACGACCGGAAAAGCGUGAUCAAUGUUAGUGAUGAAAAGUAACUUUUUGACUGUGCCUUCAUGAAGAGAAAAUGCUUUACUGUAUACUAACCUUGUAUUUACAAGAUCUAUGCCAUUAACCCAAUCAAUGAAAUGCAUUAAUGGUGAUUUAAAACAUGUAAAUUGCAUCCUCCCCUGAAGGAGAGUUGUAGACAAGACAUUAAUGAUGAAGUGAUAGAGGAGUAAAAGGGAGGUUAGUGAAAAUACCCAGCGAGUUCACUGGAUAAUACCCCAGUGGUGGAGAAUAGAUGAGGCUCUUGAAAAGCAAGAGAAUUCUCAAAAGGACUCAAAGACAAGGCAGUUUUAUUUAUGAAGCAGGUUUUAUACAGAGGUUGAGUCAAGAUGCUGCACAGUUAAAUGGUUAAAGCAACAUAACUCAGUUUAUUCAGGCCGUUCUUUUGGUUUUGCUCAAAACUCUUACAGCUGAAUUUUGAAUAAGUUGCAGGUGUCUGAUCAAUUUUACUUUACUCCAAACUAUUCCGUGAAGGACCAUUUCACAGCAAGUUUUUUCUCAGGCUUCAGACAGUUGAUUGGUUGAAUUGCAUGCUCUUAAUCAGUUGGAACAAAAACCUGCAGGCACACAGGCCUUCAUGGAAUAGGUUGGACAUGCCUGUGUUAAGGUUAUAAAAUGCAGGUGUUUUUGCUUUUAUAUGGCUACAAAAACUGUUUAAAAAAGGGACUGCUUCUCUCUUAAUGCAUUGUAUAACCAAAUAAUAACCAGUUAUAAUAUUUACACAGUGUAUCUUUAACAUUCAUUAGAUGUCACCUGCACCUUAUAAAGUUUCAGUGAAACCCUUUAUCCUUUGAUGUACUGUUACAUCAGAGAGAGCUGCUUCCCUCCACCCACACUUCCCUCAUCUGCAUUGUUACAUAAGUGGUCGGAGGAUGGAAACGAAAUGAUAAAACUAGACUUCGAGGAUGUUCUCAGGAAAUGUGAAAAAAGUGCUUUACAAGUCACGAGCGAAUAGUCAAGAGUUGUUUUAUAUGAUGAGCGUAAACUGUAGAUGUGUAAGUGUUUCUAUUGUUCAUGAAAUCAUCUUGAAAGUGAUCCCAAGGUAUCAUUUGCCACUGUCGGUGUCUUUACAGUUGUGCUGUGUUCGGACAUUGCAGAAUGAUAACUACAUGUAAAUGCACUUGACGCUGAUUAAAAUGCUUAAACAGGUGAAUUUCAAUUUACCAAUUACCAGUUGACUGUUGCUGUGCUCAGUUUUCAAUGUGUGAAAAUGUUAUUUAGUUAAUGUUUGUAAAAGCAGGUAACCACUUUUUUUGUUUAGUUUUGUUACUGCUAAAGCUGUUAUUUGUCUUGUCUCAACAUCCAUCUGUGCAUGUGUGCUUUAUUACUGUUUUGAUUUGUAUUGUAUGUAACAGUUUCAAUAAAAUUCAGUUAAUACCCUGUUUCAAUCAAUGAUGUGAA